GGCUAUAAAAAAUAGCUUCAAGUGCGCAGUAGACAUAUCGCAUUGUGUAUAUGGGAGUUCCCGGAUUUUUUAAAUGGCUCGCGCAGCGGUAUCCUCUUAUAUGCGAAACAUACAGAGGAUCCGUGGCGGAGAAGGAUGACGCCUUCCGCCUUCUCAAGUCAAUUGAAAGGUCGGAUGACCAAUAUGAAACGUCCUCGGUGCCAGAUGGUUUCGAUAACCUCUACUUGGAUGUUAAUGGGAUCAUCCAUAACUGCUCGCACAGCAUAGAGGAGCUGAGCCAGGGAUUACGAUGUGAAGAGGAUAUAUUCGUCCUGAUAUUCCAGUACAUCAAUAAUCUUGUCAAGAUUGUUAGACCGCGUAAGCUAUUAUAUUUAGCAAUUGAUGGAGUUGCCCCGAGAGCUAAAAUUAUGCAACAACGUGAUAGGCGCUUCAGAAGUGCUAGAGACAGUAAUAAGAAUGAAGUGGUAUUUCAAACUAUACAAGAAAACAAUGGGAUAGAAAAGGAGCCAUCGGAUGGGGAUGGUGAUGUUAAUUUUAAAUUCGAUCCCAUACAAAUCACACCAGGAACACCGUUCAUGGAAAGACUUUCCGUACGACUGCGCUUCUUUGCCCACAUGAUGAUACAUGAAAACAAGGCUUGGAAAAAUUUGAAAAUCGUCGUAAGCGGUUCAGACGUACCCGGAGAAGGUGAACAUAAAAUAAUGGAAUACAUAAGAAAUGAUAAGUCCAAUAGACAUGAUGCUGCAAGGGCAGGGGGAACUCCGCAAUACAUAUCGCAUUGUAUAUAUGGUCUAGAUGCUGAUCUUAUUAUGUUAUCACUGGCUACGCAUGAGCCUUAUGUAUGCCUGCUACGUGAACAAGUCUACUUUUUCAACAAACAGACGAACUCAAGGAUGAUGAUGAAUAUGAAUGACUACAUAUUUCUGCAUAUUGGUAUAUUGAGGGAGUACAUACUGCAUGAUAUGGUUAUUUCACCCGAGUUACGUAGGCAGCCUAGAACAAUAGAUAGGGUAGUGGAUGAUUUCGUACUAAUGUCAAUGUUUAUGGGCAAUGACUUUUUACCACACGGUAAAUUUGCCAAAAUAACAGAUGGAGGACUCAAUACAUAUAUAACAUUAUAUUCACGAUAUUUAGAAGAAAGGUACAGGUCAUCCCCGAAUGGCCAUAUAUGGCUGGUCACAGGUUGUGGUGAAAUAAAUUGCACUAACCUGUUGCACUUCUUAAAUAUGCUGGUUAAACGGGAAUCCAGUCGUAUAACCGACGAGUUGCACUGUGGCCCAGAUGCAGGAAGAGGCGAAGCCAAGCGUAAUGGUAAAAGCGGGAAGACGGAAAUAACUGUCAUUGAUGUGGCUAACUGCUGUAUCAUGACAGACCCAUCGGAAUUCAGAGCUAAAUACGAAGGCAAGCCAAAAUCAUUUGCUGAAUGGAGAUCACGUUACUACAUGGCUAAAAUGGGAAUAGCAUCCGAUGUGAUCGUACAUAAAAGCACAAAGAGUUCCGAUACCGAAUCAUCACCAUGUACCAUACCAGAAGUAGUACGAGACUACCUCGAAGGCAUCCAGUGGGUGAUGUACUAUUACUACAGAGGUGUACCCUCUUGGAACUGGUACCUCCGAUGCAAGUAUGCUCCACUACUCUCCGAUGUUAGAUUUUUUAUUCAGAGGAUGAAGCAAUCUUACGACAGAGGUGGUAACCGACCCCGAGAUUGCCCUGCCAAUGCAACAACACUCUCACAAGUAAUGCAGUUAAAAUUUGAAAUUUCAGAACCGGUGACUCCAUUCCAGCAGCUAAUGAUGGUCAUGCCACCUGCAGCAGCGCAUUUCCUACCAACUGUGUUUGGCAAUUUGAUGACUGACACUGAAUCGCCACUUCGGAAGUAUUACCCGGAGCACUUUGAUAUUGAUAUGGACGAUACUAACGUACAAUGGGGAGGGGUCACGCUUCUUCCAAUAGUCCCGCCAAACUUGCUGUUGCGCCUCAUGAACGGAGCACUAAUGUCCAAAGGUGAUGAAAAGUUCGUCGUAGGGCCUUCUGGAAAGCUCUGCUAUAUGGAAUCCACCAAACUGACAGAGGAUGAGAAAAUGAGGAAUUGCACAGGUGUUGCGAGGAUAUACUACCACAAUGCAGAUGGAAAAGGGACAACCAUAGAAUCACCUAUGGAAACCUUCACUUCUAUUGUAAACUGCCAGACUACUUACAGCACAUUCUUUAAUCCUACCCUAAAACGAGGGCAAACGUUUCCCAUAGAGCUCAUGAUGUAUAACCACGAGUUGCAAAAGGGAUAUCAUGCACCCAGCGAACGUGGUCAUAACAUUUGGUUUCCAUCGCUCAACUCAUUACCAUUUGAACCAUAUAAGAGAGGCGGGGUCCAGGUGUUUCACAUGAAGUCACAUUUUCCCAGUAUUUAUUUAUGGGUCAAGCAGCCACUGCAUCGAGGCGCUGUGAGAAAUUUUGCUAGUGCCAAAAGGUCUAAAUAUGUAGUUGUAGGUUACCCGUAUCAACACAUAGGAAGGCUUGAGGCGAUACAUACACCAUAUGUCACAGUCAAGGAUGGACGAAUAUAUGCAGGCAAGCCAAAGGAGCUUGCUAAUAUGUUAACUUCCAUCAAACAAGAAUUGGAUAAAAAAGGCAUAGUUAUAAGUCACAAGUGCCCGGACCCUUCCAUACCAAAGGAUAGGAGCCAUGAAACAAAACAUAUAAACACACAAUUGUUGCUCACAAUUAUUCGAGACAUACCUGGUUUAGACUUAUCACCAAAUAUGCCAUCGGUACGUACAGCACGUUCCCUUGGGUUAGAUCACAUUUGCGAGAACGUGGUGGUCGAGUACCGGGUACUGGAUAUUAACCUACAGGACACGAGCAUCUGUGGCAGAUCCAUCGUCACAUUUGUAAGGUUCGUAGAGCAUAUCGAUGAAGGAUUUCCUCAGAUGAAACGCGCUGUAUACAGGGAUGAAUCCAAGUCAAAGACAGAGGCUGCGAUAUCGAAUAACCUCAACGAGAUGAUAGCGUUAAAGAAUGCAAUCAGACAACAUGAAAUGACCCACGGAAAAUAUUCAAAACCGUGUAUUAAAGUUAUAUGUACCAUGCCAGGUUCAUUGUAUGGUUGCGUAGGCUCGAUACACAGUGUUGGAAACACUUUCGACGAAAUCAGCGCUGUUUUCCCAAUAGCAGACUACCGGGUAACAUUAGCAUCCAAUGCUGCUAAAAUGUUCGAAAACAAUUCAAAGAUUGCAGCUGUGGUGUCAGCUAAGACAAACGUCGUAUGGUACGGUUUUAAGGAUAUAUGUGCUAUGGCAAGCAUUGACACUACAACUGCCAUGGCAGUAUUCCACCUACUCACGACAGGGCAGUACCAUGACGAUAUUGGUAUGAACUUAGUGUUGUGGAAUGAAGAAAAGGGAUGUGUUAUGUGCUUGCCAGGAUACACUAGGUGCAGCGAGGAGUUGCUGACUGAUACAAGGAUGUCUAAUCCUGAUACCCUGCUACUUGGUGUCCAAUAUUCGGGUGCAGUAUUAAACUUGGUAUCAGAUUAUCGCGACAAAUUUCCUGAGUUGUUUGAGUAUUUUUUGAAAAACGAUGUCAAGCCUAAUAAUUCCGCAAAAGGAGGUUAUAGAUUCCACUUGAACAUGGAUGUCGUUUUCACUGGGACGCCAGAGAUCAUUGAGUUCAAGACGUUGCAGUUGUUGAAAUAUGUUAAAUCGCAAGUAUUCAGAAGAUUGAAAAUGGUGGUCGGUAAAUACGACUGCCUUACGGAUGAAGAUAUUGCUUCUAUAAGCACUAUAUAUGAUGACCAGCACGCCGUGGAUUCUAGUGACAAGGAUAGCUGUAAACUUGUAAGGGUUUCACAUAUCAAAAAUCUGCAUAUACCCUCGUAUCAUACAGGUACCGUCUUUAUGCGCGAAGAGGAUAUUACACUGGGUCAAUGCGUAGUAUACAUUAACCACAAUGAGACAGUACCAUUGGGAACGCGCGGAACCGUCGUUGGGAUCUAUCCACAAAAUGCAGAUGGAACGUCAGUAUUAUUUGAAGUGUUGCUGGAAAAGAAUUCCAUGGGUGCUGGUCAACUCUUCGGUCGUUGUGGCAACAUGCGAGGUAUUUUUGUUACCAUCGCUGAUAUUAUGUCGAUUUAUCCUAAUGAACCAAUGGAAAUAGAUAUGUGGUCAGCGAUUAACCAAGCUCACGAUAGGUGCAACGCUCAAUACAUUAGUUACGUCUAACAUUACCGCAUGUGUUAUCUAAUGAUUGUUACAUACCGUG